AAUUUCUAGAAAAGAAAAACAACAUAUCGUUUUGGCAAUGGCUAAUCUUAAGUUAAGAUCGCGGCAAGUAUUGCUUAUAAAUUUCAAGUGAGAAACCUAUAAUUUUUGGAAUCCAUGAGUCGAUCAUGGCUGGCCCUAGGCCUGAGUCUCGUCUUCCUCCCUUGGCUGGGAGCACAGAAGGGAACCGUGUGCCACGAGCGAGUGCCCCAGAGAGCAAACAGAACGAAUGAAGAGGUGGGCUGGAGUUUGCGUGAGGUUUGCUGCAAAGGCUAUGAGGGUACGCCGGGCGGGUGCCGACCCCGCUGCAAUCCCCGGUGCGUGAACGCCCAGUGCACCGCUCCACAGCAAUGCACCUGCGACUUGGGCUACGAAAUACUGAGCGAGCACGAGUUCAGCAACGCCGGCUGCCAGCCGAAAUGCCACGCCUGUCGCAAUGGCGAUUGCAUUUCGCCUGGCCGCUGUCGCUGUUGGCCCGGCUACGCGAAGAGUCGCAAGUCGCUGAGCUGCCAGCCAGUGCCGCAGCUACUCCAGCCUGCCGAGCAAUGUGAGUCCCGUUGUCGGAGCACUCGCUGGCUAAAGUACUUCAGCUGGAGCCAUCUGUUGAGUGGUCGUACACCCAACACCGUUCCCAUUUGUCGCCAGAAUCAGACGGAGCCUUGUCUACAGCUGGAUCGAUGCGUCUGCAAUAGUCUCAGCGAGCGGCUGAUUUGCCAGGAUCCAGCUCAGAGACUGCCACAGCAAUAUGUGUGCAGUGAUCCAGUGGAUCAGACAGUCAAGACUCAUCCAGAACUACUAACUGAGAGUUUAGAUGCAGGAUCGUCUAUCAAUCGAAUAGUAAACAUCAAACAGGUGCAUAAACAAGAUCGGAAAAAUCGUGAUUAUGAAAAUUAUCUCUCAUCUAAUGCUGAUCUUAAAGAUCACAGAAAUCCAUCUAUCAAUACCGAUCGAAAUACGACAAAUCAGCUCCAUCCAAAAGAUCAGAGAAUUGAAAUUGGAUCUGUAGAUGAUGCUAUUGAUGGGACUGAUCAAACAGCUAUGAUUUAUCAAGCGGAUCCAUUGUCUACGACUGCGACUUCGUGGAUGACUCCUCUGAUAGAUCACUCAACUCCAAUUGAUCAAAAUCAACACAAUCCAUUUUUCAGCACAGAUGAUAUAGAACAGCUCAACCACGACGGAACACAAGCAAAAUCAAUCGAGCGAACAUUGAAGAACGAAAUCAAGAACUAA